AGCAGCAACAAAAGGCAGCAAGCAGAGCAUGAGCGGAGAGGAGGAGGAGUGUAUAUUCUAUGAAAAAUCCCUCACGGCUCAUUUUUCCUCUUUUACUUUGACAUUUCGCUCCCCUCUACUAUUCCCCUCUUGCACUUUUGUGAUGCUCUCCCGCGCAAUGCCAUGGUCAUACUAUAUUUCGUCCUAGUGACUUCUGAUUUCGAUUCUGACAAUGACGAUCUAACCCACGAUCUUAUAGACUGGUCUAACAUACGCGCUAACCCUAACAGUUAUAAUUAACCGUGUAAUUAAUCGAUAUGCAUUACAGUUUUAUUUUAUAAAAAUUUGUGACUGUAUUUGAUGUCGACAUUGCCAACUGGACGAGAUGUACAGCCAAGACAAGCCUGGCGAUCUUAAAAAUCACUGACCAUGCCUAGCGCAUCCCCACCAAGUGCAACCAAGUAGUCCCCACUACCCGCGUAAGAGAUUUUUCAUAGCAGCCUCGAGUGUAUAGUGUCGUGCGUGUCGUGUCGUGUCUGCUGUUGGCCCUAUUUCGAAUUUACAAAGUGGUCGUUCUCGUUGUGCUAUGGCGACCGCGAAAAGAAAGCAAGACGAGAAGAAUUUGAAAAUAUUACGCGAGCUGGUCUCGCAACCCGGUAACAAAGAAUGUUUCGACUGCCAUCAGCGAGGCCCAACUUACGUCAACAUGACAAUCGGUUCGUUCGUCUGCACUUCUUGUUCUGGUAUGCUGCGGGGAUUGACACCACCACACAGAGUAAAAUCUAUCUCCAUGGCAACGUUCACACAGGAGGAAAUAGAUUUUAUAAAGGAACGUGGUAACGAACACUGCAGGCGAAUAUGGCUAGGCUUGACGAAUCCGCCGAAUUCGCCACCACCGAUCACGGUAGACACGAAAGAUGAACAGAAAAUGAAAGAUCUGAUGAGCGCGAAAUACGAGCUUAAGAGAUAUUACUUGGAUCCGUCCAUGGCGAAUCAAAACUCAAAUCAAAAGACGCAACAGCCUUCGAAUCAAACUGUCAUUCCACGAGUACCGCAUUCUGGGACCACUACAUUACCGUCUUCGACAUCAGCUCUGAAAACGAACAACGUUGUUAACUUCAACUCGAAUUUCUCGGCAGAUUUCAUAGCUGAUUUUAGUAAAGUUCCCGAUCCGUUUACUACCAUCGGCAGCGGCGGCGGCAGCGGCACCACUACCAACACCGUCUCGUCUGACACAACGGCUGCUGCGAACAGACUUGGUCAACCGACGAUCAUACCUCAAUCACCUCAGUUCUUUGCCAAUUUUGACAACAAUCCCAUCUUCGAUAGUCGAAACAACAAAUGUACAAGUCCAGCAGUCGACCAAUUCGCGGUAAGUCCUGUUAGUCGGCUAACAAUCGGUGGAAACUCUGCCAAUGCAACGAAUGCAAACGGGGCGUAUGUAUUACCUCCGUCCGAAGAUCGUUACGCGGCACUGAAAGACUUGGACUCUUUAAUGAAACAAAUGAAGGACGAUACGAAAGAUAGUACAACGGGGUCAAACACGUCUGCAUGGACAGCUACCAGCAACGGUGGUGGCGGCGGUGGUGUUACAUACAACAAUGCUUCGCAGAAUCCGAUUUGGAGCGGUGUAGGAAAUCAAACCGCGAACGUGAUCUCAAAUCCGUUUGCGACCAACGAUUUAUGGCAACCAUCAGCUAACGUAGUUAACAAUAAUACACAAUCAUCGAUCGAUACCUCUUCGUACAAUCCUGUCAAUCCUUUUAAACCUGUACAAUUUCCUAUGAACAAUGAUCCACAAUGGGUAGGGACCAUCGGACCGUCUAGUAACGGAAGGGACGUUAUUCAGUUCAGUGAACUAAUGACACGGACGGCGACGACGACGAACAAGAGAGUAUGGCAACCGACUCAUCCAGCGUACCAUGCGAAUCCAUUCAUGGUCGGUUCCGGUCCAGUAGCGAGCAACAUGACAAGAAAUUCGAACAAUCCUUUCUUAUGAUGAAGUAAGCUCAAGUUUUUAAUGGAACUACGAACAAAUAAUACAGACCUAAAGUAUGUUUAGUUCAGGGCAAUCGUUUAUACGUGACCGGCAGUUAGUGCCAUUAACUCGUAUAUCUCUCCAGGAGCACCAAUCUCUUUUACUCGUAUAACUAAAUAAUACUUUUAUUUAUGAAUAUAAUAUAUACGUUAAAUAAAGAUUAAUAUUUGUUACCAA